AUGGGCUUGCUUUCGUUAGGUACGCCAUUACAAUGGUAUGAAUCUCGCCAGCACAACGAACAUGUCAGACAAAACGGCAUACAGCAAUUGCUGUACAUAUUCCGUGCUGCCAAUGCUAGAAAGGAUGACCCGUUGUUGUGGGGCGAUGAAAUCGAGUAUAUGACAUGCAAAAUCAACGACGAACAAAAAGUAGCAUUGUUGGCAAUCGAUGACGACGCGGUAUUGUCGGAACUGAACAUUGAAGACAAAGGACUAUGCGAUGCCCAAAAUGUGUCUUUUCACCCGGAAUACGGCCGCUUCAUGAUUGAAGCUACACCUGCUCGUCCAUUUGCCGGUUUUGCCCUGCAAUACGUGGAAGAAAACAUGGCUCGCAGAAGAGAAGUGGCAGAACAAAAACUGCACUCAAGAGGCGCACAACUGCUGUCAUUGGCGGUUUUCCCUCGAAUGGGGUGUCCGGACUUCACAGACAUCAGCCAGGUUUGGAGCAGCCGCAACUCUGCGUCCAGAUCGCUGUAUUUGCCCGACCAGGUGAUCAACCGGCAUGCUCGGUUCCCUACUUUGACGGCAAACAUUCGUACUAGACGUGGCGAAAAAGUGUGCAUGAAUGUGCCAAUGUUCCAGGACGAAAAUACGCCCAAAGUCGACGACACGGUCUACCAGCGUGACUGGUUCACGCCCGAAGACCUGGAGGGCCCAUUGGCUUCCAAGCCUGGAUUCAUCUACAUGGACUCAAUGGGGUUCGGAAUGGGCUGUAGUUGCUUGCAAUUAACUUUCCAAGCUCCUACCAUCGACAAAGCUAGAUACCUGUACGAUGCGCUCGUGAAUUUCGCACCAAUACUUUUGGCCGCCACAGCGGCCUCUCCGGCUUUCAAAGGUUGGUUAGCGGACCAGGACGUGCGGUGGAACGUCAUUUCAGGCGCUGUUGAUGACCGCACGCCAUACGAGCGCAGUGUGGCACCGCUAUUGCCCGAAUACAACAACGAGCACGGUAAUUCCACGAAACCAGGACCUCAGAGGAUCCCCAAAUCAAGAUACAGCGCUGUUGAUUUGUAUCUGGGGGGCAAUGCUUUCUUCGAUCGCAAGUUCAACGACACAGACGUCCCUCUCAACGAAUCUGUUUUGCAGGAACUGCAAACUAAUGCACUUUUCCCCAUGGACUACGACCUGGCCCGUCAUUUUUCACAUCUUUUCAUCAGAGACCCGCUAGUGGUUUUCCAGGAACGCAUAAACCAGGACAAUCAACACUUCACGGACCAUUUUGAAAACAUUCAAAGCACCAAUUGGCAAACGCUUCGUUUCAAGCCUCCUACUCAGGCCGCGACUCCGGAAAACAAGGAAGCACCAGGAUGGCGCGUGGAGUUCAGACCCAUGGAAAUUCACAUUACCGAUUUCGAGAACGCGGCCUACUCUAACUUCCUUUUCCUAAUCGUCGAGUGUCUCCUAAAGUUCAGUAACGAAAUCAAUUGCUACGUGCCCAUGUCUCAGACAUGGCAGAAUAUGGAGCUGGCUCAUCACCGCGACGCCGUUCUGCAUGAACGCUUCUACUGGAAAUCAAGUUUCACCGCAGAGGGCACUGAACAAUACACAUGCGCCCAAAUCUUCAGCGACCCGGCUUUUGGGAUUUUCCCACAAUUUAUAGAUCGCAUUCUCAAGCACAAGAUGUGGGUCGCUUCCUCCUGGACUGAACUGAAGUCCUCGUCUGAUCCUGCCCAGGUGAGAUUGUUUUACUAUCUGAAAUUGGUUUUUGAUAGAGCCACGGGUGCUUUGCCCACAACCGCCAAUUUCUUACGUGAAUACAUCACCACACACCCGAGCUACAAGAAAGACUCUAGGCUUACAGCUGAACUAAACUACCAUUUACUGAAGAUGGUGUCCAGAAUCACGCACUUGGAUGAUUCCCAAGACGACGUGUCCAAGAUUUUCGGGCCAGAAAUCGCAAACUUUUUGUUAAGACAUAGAAUGUAA